AUGGAGACUCGAGAAGAGAAACUUGCAACAUGGGCCGAUUUAUCAGUCGAUGGCCAUCAAACCUUCAGAUUUUUGGAAGGAUCCAUGCGAAUAUUUCCCAAUGAUCCCAAUAAUCGAGCUCGCUUUGCCCAGGAUCGAUUUGACUGCAGUCAUAUCGACCAUCUUCUCAAUAUCCCCAACGAUGAUAACUUGAAUUCAUGGCAUUUUAAAGUGAUAUCCUUUCCCCAGAUCCAGCUGGGCAGACUCAGAAUCUCCAUUUCCAAACCUGUUUUUCGGAAGAUCCAAAACUCUUGGAACCUACACCCUCGUACGAUUGAGGUGUUCUUAGCAAACAACGGUGUCUUUACGACAUUUCACUGCUCCAGCAGUGGACGCACAUUCUUUCUUCUUAAGGUCGCCAAUUCACGUUCCACGGGCUUUGAUUGUAUUUCUGUUACCUGUGACCCUUGUCGCCGCACUACCUACGUCCUAUAUCAUCAUAUCAGGGACGAAGAAUCUGUCUUCGCUACCUUAACCACUGCACUAGAAAGAUGCAUGGAUCCCCUCUUUUUCAUCGCCGCUCUUUAUCGCUCACAUAAUCAGCAAAUCGAAACUUAUCGGAAUACCAUCGAUGAUGCCAUUCUCAAGAUCGAGCGACAAACGGGUCUCGGAGUCCCUGCAAAUCUGAGGGGACGUCGUGCUAGUUUAGACGAAGAGCCUCUUCAUUUUAGUUCUACAGGAACGAUCCAGCAAUUAAGUUAUUGCCAAUCCGACGUGGCAAUCAUUAAACAUGUUGGACGAUGUUGUUUGGAAUGCGGGGAUUGGCUUGUACAGUUGUUUGACAAGCUGCUCCUAAGUGAGAACGAAAGAUAUUCGAGCGAGGAGCAUAGUGAGCAAGACCAUCAAUUAUCGAAGGCUCUCAAGACGGCGCGAUUGAUGAACCGCGAUGAUGUGGAGUAUAUGCGCAGACGGAGUAAGACGCUGUUGUCGCAGAUACAGCAAAUAGGGGAGAGAGCACAAAGCCAGACUAAUUUCCUACUGGCAGCCCUCUCUCAAAGCGAUACCGAAUACUCUGCUUCAAUCGCGAUAGAUGGGAAAAACGAUAGUCACGCGAUGAAAGCCAUUUCAAUCCUUGGUGCAAUUUACCUACCAGGUACAUGCGUUGCUACGCUUCUCAGCAUGGAAAUAUUCAUUUGGCGCGAUCCAGAUGGGACACUCAAGAUAUCGCCGAGUAUUUGGAUAUACUGGACGAUAGCCUUGCCAUUGACAAUCGCGACCUUCGUUGUGUGGAUUGCAUGGUCAAGGAGAGAAAACAAGAAGAGUGAGCAACAAUUGACAAUUUCUCAUACCAAGCCUCGUUUUGAGCCCGAUGGCAAUGCUAAGACCAAUACUGUCUUGGACAGAGCUGGGGGCUCGGGAGGUCUGGAUUUCUGGCAUGAAUUGGUGCCCCGUCGGCCUGAUAUAUGGAAAGUGUGA